AUGACGCCCGCUGCCACCGCCGCUAACGGCUUCGCCCGACGCCUUGAGCCCUCGCGCUUCCUCGUCAAUGCCUCACCUCCAGCUGCUGCCGCUGCCCGCCGCUUGCGAUGGCGCCUGCACCCCUCCGGUCUCCGGGCGACCUGUCCCUCGGGAGCUCAACAACACCAGCGCCGCAAUGCCUACGCCAUCUCCGCUGACUUGCCGCUCCCGGGCAUCUUCGGCCCCGAAUCCACCCCCGAAUCAGCCCCCGAGGCUGAAGUAGCACCUGAGGCCGUGUCCGAGAUAGCAGAAGCUCCGCCGCGUGUUAGCAGACGUCGGGAUUACUCGCCAUUCGACCUUCCCCGCACCGCCCGCCCCAACAAGACCAUCGACUACAAGAAGCACCUGCGACACGCCCUACGCGCCCGCGAAGCCGACACAAUAUUCCAGUGCAUGGUCGCUGGCGCCCACGAUGCCGCCUUCGUUUCCUCGGUGCCUCCGGUCACUUUCACCGAGAUUCUCCGCCUCAUCGGCACCAGCAACCAGCUGAAGCAGGUCAAGAAUGCUUUGGAACACUCGUGGUGGAUGCGCGGCGUCGGGUUGCCCUCUGUCAAUGCCUCCAUGGACAACUUUCUGAAAGCUGCACGCGUCAUAAUCUCCAUUCGGAGACAAGCCAGCGUCCCGCUGAGCCUGACAGACUACAAGCUGCUCCUGGACUAUGCUGCAAAUGCCUCGUGCAGGUCUGCCGCGCUCGAUCUGUGGCAUGACCUCCAGCAGGACAAACUGGUGCCGGACGUGGACUGCUACAAUGCUCUCAUGCAUGCGAUUCUCUGGGACAGGCGCAUGGGAGACGGCAGCUGGCAGAACCCCCUCAGCUGGAAGGUAGACAAGUACUACCUGAGCGCCAGAGAGACGGGCAUCCUGCCCUACGGCCCUCCCCUGGGUGGUUACGAAGCGCAGAUCAAGGGCCUAUUCGACGAGCUCCUCUCCCUGGACAGCGUCGGCAACGAGACCACAGUGCUCAAUCUCAUCACCGCCUACGCCCGCGAGGGAAACACCACGGGCGUAAAAGACAUACUCAGGCGCGUGUGGAACAUCCACGCCGACGAGCUCGUCACCACCGGCCAGCAACGCUCCCCGCCCAAGGCCUUCCCCGCCUCAUCCCCCCUCCACCCGACCCCCCGUCUCCUCUACACCGUCGCCCACGCAUUCGGCACCAACUCCGAAGUCCCCGUCGCCCUGCGCCUCACCGACUUCAUCAGCCUCUCCUACAACCUCCCCAUCCCAACCCCAGUCUGGUCCGAGCUCCUAACCUGGACCUACGUACAAGCCGCCGCCCGCACCGGCCGCAACAAACCCAGCCACCGCGCCCCGGACCCGCUCUCCCCCAGCGCCCCCGAACGCCUCUGGCAAACGCUGACCAACGCGCCCUACAACGUGCGCCCAUCCAUGAAGAUGUUCCACCUCAGCAUCCAGAGCCUCACCACCCGCCAGCGCCACGACCUGGCCCUUUCCCGCAUCCGCGCCGGCGUCGCCCUGCACCGCAGCCUCGUCGUCCCCAGCGCGCGCGCGGCGGUGCGGCGGGCGCGCGCCGCUGAGACGGACGCCCGCGACCGCCGCCGCCUCCUCCCCCCGCGCCGGUCCCGCUCCGGCGCCGCGCUGGACCGCGACGUCUGGGUCGCGGCCGUCAAGCGCGACCGCGCGCUCGUGAGGCGCUGGUGCGAAAUCUGGCUCAAGCGCGGCUUCGGGCACGCCGUCGUCACGACGGAGGAGGAGGAGCAGCAGUGCGUCGCGGGCGAGGGCGAGGGCGGCGGCGAGCAGCAGACGUCGGUGCUGUGCAGGUCCGUCAUGUAUGACGCUCAGCCCGAUUGGGCGGUGCGGCGCGUGCCCGAGUUUUUGGCCGAGUUUGGCGAGUUUUGCCCGCGGUUGGUCAAGUACCGCACUCAUACCGGGGUUGUGGAGUUGGGGUUCAGGUCGAAGGUUAGGCGCAAGUAUCGCGUUUUGGCGAGGAAGAAGGGGGCUGUUGCCCCCGGGGAGGUGGAGGCGGAGGCGGAACGGCUGUGGGAGGUGGUUAGGGAGAAGAGGGCGGUGAGGAAGUUGCUGGAGGGGGGGAAGGCUUGA